AUGGGUGCUCAGACCCUGCUGGAUGCGGCCUGCGGGGCGUGGGUGCUGGGGCGGGCGAGGGGCGUGUCGGGCUGCACGGGGUCCGCCGUGAUAACAGCGGGGGCCGUGCUGGGGCCGUGGGAGAAGACAGCGCGGGCGAGCAGGAUGAGCCAAGCCCCCUUGUCCUGGGCAGCCUGGCCCCAAGGCAGCGGCAUGGGGUCGGGCAGCUGCCAGCGCCUCCUCCAUGCGCUCUGCAUCCUCUCAGUGCUGGCUGGGCGCCUGUCCCCUGCCACGGCCCAGUGGUUUUACCCCCUGGGCUCAGAGGACACCACCCCAGAUCCAGGCACUGGUCCUACAGCCUCCACGGUGCCCACCCUGGACUGGGAAAAAGAUGGAGAUGCUGGCAGCGUGGAGCCCACGCAGAAGAUGCUGCUGAACAAACCCCCGCUGGCGACAGCCUCCAAGCGCCGGGAGCCCCUCGCGAGGGGGGCAGCGAAGGGCCCGGGCCAUGCCCCACCGCGCACACGAGGCCAGCAGCACCGACCCACAGCCGCCCCGGAGAUCUUCGAGGGGAGCGCGGAGGAAGAGGAGUUCCUGCAGAUCAAGGUGACGACGGUGAAGGAGCUGCCCCGGCGGGGGCCCCCGGCCCCGGAGAUGGACCCUGCUCCCCAGAUGCACAACGGCUCCGGCUGCGUCUGCCCCGUGCGCCCCGGCCCUCCCGGCCUUCCCGGCCCAAAGCUGGGAGCAUCCAGCCCUGCGGGGAACCUGGGACCCCCAGGCCCCCCUGGGCUGCCCGGCCUGCCCGGACCCCCUGGCUACCCAGGCCACGAAGGCCCCCCAGGGGCUCCCGGGCGGGAGGGACAGCCAGGACCCCCCGGCCCUCCGGGGGCUGUGGGACCACCUGGUUUCCCUGGGGCUGAAGGACCGCCGGGGUCUCCAGGCUUGGCUGGGCCAGAUGGACCCCCAGGGGCACCAGGGCUCCCAGGCCCACAAGGUCCCCCUGGGGUACCUGGGCAUGAAGGACCCCCCGGUCCCACAGGACCUGUGUCACUCCCUGGCAAACCAGGGCUCCGAGGGGAGCCGGGAUUCCCCGGACUAAAGGGUGAGAAGGGUGAACACGGACUGCCGGGCAUGCCAGGGAGCCCUGGCCGAACCGGAGAGACAGGCUCCCCGGGCAUGCCCGGUCCCAUGGGGCCACCAGGCCCGCCGGGGGACUACAGGUGCGACCCACGCCACGCAGGGCACCAUGGACCCACUGGGCCGCCAGGCCCCAAGGGAGAAAAGGGCGACCCUGGCGAGCGGGUUAGUAGCCACAGGCACUGGGGUGCUGCUACGGGGAACACGGGUGCAAACCAGGCCACCUCCCCUUCCCCAGCACCAGCAGCCAGCCCCCCCAGCCAGUCCGGCUCCUGGGUGCCCAUCAGCGGGUACCAAACGGGCAGCAAAGAGGAGCCAGAGAUUUACGGAGCGAUCAUCCCCCAUGGUCUUCGAGGUACCCCCGGGAAUCCCGGCCCCCCCGGGCCCCCUGGCCCCCCCGGACCUCCCGGAGCACCAGGUCUCCUCUACCUCAACAGGGUUUACCCCAUCCGUGCCCAGCCGCCCUGCAAGCAGCCGGCAGCCGCCAACGCAGGCUGGCCAGCAGAUGCUGACAUCCCUUGGACGGAGCCGCUGGACUCCCGCACCGAUCUCCGGGUGCGUUCUGGCUGCGGCCACGGGCGAGCCCCCCAGGCUGUCCGGCUGCCCCGCACACCGCAGCUGGGCCGUGAACUUCUCCAUCCCCCCCAGAGCCAGACGUGGGUCUUCAGGUCCAAGGAGCUGAUGCUGAAGUCGGGCAGCGCCGUGCCCGAGGGGAGCCUGGUCUACGUGCGGGAAGGGAGCAGCGCCUUCCUCCGAACCCCCACCGGCUGGAGCCGCCUCUUGCUGGAGGAUUCGGAGUCGCCCUUCGCCGGUGACGACCCCUCCGCCUCCACCCCACGGUACCAGGAGGCGAAGCAGGUGCGGAUGAGAGGUCCCAACACGGGGCCGCCUGCGCUGGCCCUGACAGACUCACUGGUCCAGAAGGAGGAGGGACAAGGGCUGCCCCAGAUCCUGCCAACCACCAUCGCCCCACGGAUCCCAUCGCUCCGCCUGGCCGCCCUGAACGUGCCCCUCGCCGGUGACAUGAGCGGGAUCCGGGGCGCCGACCUGCAGUGCUACCGGCAGGCCCAGGAGGCUCAGCUCUACGGCACUUUCCGGGACCUGAUCUCCAUCGUGAAAAGGACAGACAGGACCCUCCCUGUCGUCAACCUGAAGGCAGGUACCCCUGUCCCCUGUGGGGGCUGCCGGCGGCAAAGCCCCGCAGCCCCGGGCCAGCUGCUGGCCAAGUCCUGGAGCUCCCUCUUCGGGGGCCAAGCCAGUGCCACUCCGCGGAGCCCCAUCUACUCCUUCAAUGGGCGCAACCUCCUGACAGAUCCCCUCUGGCCCCGCCGGCUGGCCUGGCACGGAUCCACACCGCGGGGCGGCCAAGCCCGCAGGCGGGAUUGCCAGGGCUGGCGCAGCUCCGGCCCCGGGGAGGGCCUGGCCACCCCCCUGGGCGAGGGCAGGCUGCUGGCUGGGCAGCGGCACAACUGGGACAUCGCCUGCGGCAGCGAGGGGCGUGGGGGGCACGCGGCAGCCAGCCCGGGGAGCGAGGAGGGGGUCUGGAGCCUUGGGAUCAGCACAGAUGGGGGCAGCGGGAGGGAGGGGACACCACAGGGUCGGUGA